UGGUUUGAGUGUGGUGUGUCAAUUGUCAACUUCAACAGCUUGAGAGCCUUGAGAAAAACGUGGCAGCAUCCCAGAAAUCUUAAAUCCCAUGCAAUACGAUGUUGUCAGAUGGAACUGGAAGCAAGCGACUAAUGAAGAAGAAGACGAAUCAGCAAGAACUGGAACUGCGUGUUUUUUUUUGGAGACGUUGAGAGAGACUUUGAGAGUUUGUUUAUGGUUGAAUUCAAUUGCUGCAUUUUCACAAACACCACCAAGGCAACAUCCAGCUACAAAUAAUCAACCCUAACCAGAGCAAUGGAUCCUUACUUCGAACAGAGACUCAGAGAUGAAGUCAUCUACCUCCACUCUCUCUGGCACCAAGGCCCCCCCACCUCCUCUAACCCUAACACUAACCCUACAAUCAACAACCCUAACCCCAAUUCAUAUCCCAAUCCCACCAACACCUCAAACAGGAAGAGAAACAGAAAGGCAAGAAAUAAAAGAGAAAGGCCCAACAAGAAGAAGCCCUCGCAACCCGACCCGCCUCCACAUUCGGGCCCUCCUUGGCCCUGCCUGACCCCGACCCAUGACUCCACUCCCGGUGCAUCAUUACCGUGGCCCACGAAGCCCAAUUCGGCUCCGGCAACCCACCGUCCAUUGCCAGAAGAACAAGCGAAACUCGCCGCGCUGAAACUACAACACAAUGCCUUGGACGCUUGCCGUGGAUUGUUUUUGGGCAAUGCCGCGUCGGAUAGCGAGGAAUCCGAAUCCGAAUCUGAGGAGGACGAGAGUGGAGAUGGAGAUGACUAUUGGGUUGAGGGUGGUGAGAGUGAAGUGUACAAGGUGUUGUUGAAUGUGUUUGUGGAGAAGAGUGAGCUGAGGAAUUACUAUGAGGUGAAUUAUGAGAAAGGGGAGUUCUAUUGCUUGGUUUGUGGUGGGUUGGGAAAGAACAAGUGGGUGAAGGGCUGUGCUGGCCUUGUUCAGCAUUCGAUUUCGAUAUCCAACACGAAGAAGAAGCGGGCUCAUAGGGCUUUUGCGCAGGUGGUUUGUAGGGUUUUGGGUUGGGAUUUUAACCGGCUGCCCACAAUUGUGCUCAAAGGUGAAAGGCUUGGUCUUUCGUUGGAAAAGCCCAGCCAGGAACGAGGGGAAACUGGGGUAAAUGCUGGUUCCUCUGAGGGUGUUUCGGUUGUUGUUGAAGACAAUGUGGCAGCUGAAAAUGAUGCUAAUGCUGAAUACGGUGAAAAAGAGACAUUUGAUGAUCAUCAGAAUAAGGGUAAACAACUAAUGAUUUGUGAGAACUCUCUGAAAUAUGAUGAUACAAAUGAAAGCACAGAAAGGACUGAAAAGGGAAUCCCAGAAAUGGAAGCAAACAAAGAAGCAGUAGAUACUUGGAAUUCUUUCAAAGAUAAUGGUACAAAUAAAAGCUCAGAAAGCAUUGAUAAGGGAUUAUCAGAAACCGGAACAAACAAAGAAGCAGUGGAUACUUCUGGAAUUGAUCAAUCACUGGUCUCAAAGACUGAAUGGCCAUGUAAAGAGUCCAGUGUUUCCUCGUCAACAGUGUUAGGUUGGCCGACCUUUAGUUCUCACUCGGCUUCUGCAACAUGUUCCAUUCCAUUGGAAGAACAAGCAAGGUCUGCUACAUUGUUGUUACAGCAGAAGGCCUUAAAAGAAUGCCAGGAUUUCUUUGCUGGCUACAGUGGUGAAGACAUCAGCGAAGAUGAGGAUGAAGGCGAUUUGAUGGAUGAAGAUGGGUCUGACGAAAGUGAGGAAUUAAAGUUCUUUUCAAAGAUAUUUACAGAUCAUGGCGAGUUAAGGAGUUUUUAUGUCAAUAAUUACGAAGGUGGGGAAUUUUACUGCUUGGUUUGUGGUGGGGUAGGGAAGAAGGUAUGGAAGAGGUUUAAAGGUUGUGUGGCGCUUCUUCAGCACUCCAUUACAAUAUUAAAGACUAAGAAGGUGGCUCAUAGGGCUUAUGGCCAGGUUAUUUUUAAGGUCCUUGGUUGGGAAAUUGGUCAGCCUACAACCAUUGGGUCUAAAGAUAUACCUCUUGAUGAUGGACCUUUGGCAAAGUCAGACAAUUUGCAGGGUGAACUGGAGGAAAAUGCUGAUGAUCACAAGGAUAAUGUUGUUGUUCCGAAGGAAAACUUGGACUCUGUGAGUGAUCAUAUUGGUGAAACAGUUUCAAAGCAGAAAUCUGAUGUUGUUCAGAGUACUGGAGCAUCAAAGACAUGUGAGUUGCAGGGUGAAAUGGAGGAAAAUGCUGAUGAUCACAAGGAUAUUGCUGCUGUUUCGAAGGAAAAAUUGGACUCUGUGAGUAAUCAUAGUGUUGAAAUAAUUUCAAAGGAGGAAUCUGAUGUUGUCCAGAGUAAUGGAGCAUCAAAGACAUGCGAGCUGUGGGGUGAAGUGGAGGAAAAUCCCGAUGACCACAAGGAUAUUGCUGCUGUUUCGAUGGAAAACUUAGACUCUAUGAGUGGUCAUAGUGGUGAAAUAGUUUCGAAGGAGGAAUCUGAUGUUGUCCAGAGUAAUGGAGCAUCAAAGACAUGCAAGCUGCAGGGUGAAUUGGAGGAAAAUGGUGAUGAUCACAAGGCUAAUGCUGUUGUUUCGAAGGAAAGUUUGGGCUCUAUGAGUGGUCAUAAUGGUGAAAUAGUUUCAACAGAGGAAUCUGAUGUUGUUCAGAGUGAUGAAACAUCAAAGACAAGUGAGUUGCAGGGUAAGACUGAGACAAAUGCGGGUGGUCCCAACGAAGAUUUGAAUGUCAUUUAUGGAGAAUUUAGACCCUUUGUGAACAGUGAUAAUAUCGACUGAGUUUCAGGACAAGCCUGAGAGAGCUGAGCAUGGUCACACUCAAGAUUCGGGUAUGUCAUGGAAGAUUGAGACUCAAAUUUUGUUAGUGUUUGACACAUUCUGUUAUCCAUCAGAAUGAUGAAAACAUAAGCGGUCUCUGCGGUUGUGCAAGACUAAAUUCUUAGUUCUUCGUGAAGAAAGGAAGGGAAAGUAAAGUCAUACUUUAAGUUGCGAUAAGAACUGGAUAGACAGAGUUCUACUCUCUUACAGAAGGACAAGCAUCAUUGAAAACAGUAAAAUCUAUAAUGAAAUUUUAUCCUGGCACUGAUAUGUUCUCUAUAUAUUUUCUCAAGAGUAUUGUUACUAUUAAGAAUAAAUUAAUAUUGUAGUUUCUUUUUAGUCCAGCAUUAGCUAGGUGACUCUUCAAUUCAUAACUUGAAUAUGUACCGCCGGUAGCAUUUGUAAAAGAGACUGAAAUAUUGGACCAAUUUGGUUUGUCUAUUAGUACAGCCCCAACA